GAGAAGAAAGCAAGCAAAGCUGCCACCUGCAGCUAAGUGAACAGGCGACUGCUCCUGGGGAUCUGGGGGCGCGUUGAUUGAUGCUCCUGUCUCCAGCAAAUUCUUAAGGCCAUCCUCCUGCAGGAAAAGAACACUGUCACUGUCCUGUCCUGCUCGAGUCCUCUGAGCUGAAAAUCCACCCCUCCAUGGGAAAAAAGAAAACAAGAUCUGACAAAGGUUUGACCUGGUUACCCAGCGAUCUGUCACUGUCACGCUUGCUAGAGCUCCCAAGUCAGAAUUUAGCCUGCAGGACUUAAAGGGGCGAGCGUCUCACCUCCAAGUUGCAACCAAGCAACAGCAUCGCCCACCUGAAGCUGAUGACAAGUGUACCCCCAGGAGUUCAGAGAGACGACACUAGCCGGAUCCACAUUGUAGAAACAGGAUGAAACUGACCAGCGAGAAGUUGCCCAAAAACCCUUUCUCUCUAUCUCAGUAUGCUGCUAAACAACAGAAAUUCUUCCAAUGGAAGAAGGAAAAGCCUGAUUAUUACCGCCACGCUAAUUUGGUGGACACAGCACUGCAGUUCCUGAAAGAAAGAAUAAGAAGAGGGGAUGCUAUGGCGUACUUUCUAAGAGGCCAACUCUAUUUUGAAGAGGGAUGGUAUCAAGAAGCCUUAGCACAGUUUGAGGAAAUUCAGGAGAAAGACCAUCAAGCAAUUUAUCAGCUAGGAGUGAUGUAUUAUGAUGGGCUGGGGACCACCGCAAAUGCUGAAAAAGGAGUGAACUAUAUGAAGAAAAUCCUUGAUUCUUCAUGCCCCCAGACAAUGCACUUGAAAUUCGCUGCUGCUUACAACCUCGGAAGAGCUUAUUUUGAAGGAAAAGGUGUGAAGCAAUCGGAUGAGGAAGCAGAGAGACUGUGGCUGUUUGCUGCCGACAAUGGAAACCCAAAAGCUAGUGUGAAGGCCCAAAGUAUUCUAGGGUUGUUCUAUUCAAUGAAAGAGCCCAAAGAGUUAGAAAAGGCAUUUUUCUGGCAUUCGGAAGCUUGUGGCAAUGGCAAUCUGGAGUCCCAGGGUGCACUUGGUCUCAUGUACUUUUAUGGACAAGGAAUCCGCCAAGACACUGAUGCCGCCCUGCACUGCUUACGGGAAGCAGCUGAGCGAGGGAAUGUCUAUGCCCAGGGCACUCUUGUGGAGUACUACUACAAGAUGAAGUUUUUUACCAAGUGUGUUUCGUUUUCCAAAAGGAUAGCAGACUAUGAUGAGGUUCACGACAUCCCCAUGAUAGCCCAUGUCACGGACUGUCUCCCAGAGUUUAUCAGCAAAGGCAUGGCCAUGGCAUCCUUCUACUAUGCGCGGUGUCUCCAGCUGGGCUUGGGCAUUACGAAAGACGAAGCAUCUGCCAAGGACUAUUAUUCUAAAGCUUGCCGUCUGAACCCUACACUGGCAGAUGAACUUCACUCCUUACUCAUUCAUCAGAGAAUUUAGACCACAGUGCAUUCUGUCAAAGAAUUUAGACCACAAAGCAUUUCAACAAAGACCAUCAAUUCUAAUUUGAAACAAUGUGUGUAUGUUUACAGCAGCUACAUCUGUAUCCCUGUUAUAUUAUCCAGGGCAUUUUACAGAAAUUUUAGUUUUGUUCUUAUAUUUUUAUUCUGUAAUUUUUACAAACUAAAAUUUAGAUACCAAUCAAAUACCAAGAGUAUUCAGAGACCAACCGCUUAACCUGUAGAGUGGCCUGGACUGGACUGAGUUUGAAAGCAUGCCAAGAGCAAAUACCUCUUUGCCUUAUUAAAUGCAGUGUCUGUAACUAC